UGUAGGCGAGUGUAUACCACGCGUACCAAGUGAUGCGUCGCAAUGGUAUACCCGAUGACCGCAUAAUAGUCAUGCAUUACGACGAUAUUGCAAAUAACACCCAAAAUCCGACCCCGGGUAUUGUAACCAAUCAGUUAAAUGGUACUGAUGUCUACCAUGGUGUUCCCAAACACUAUACCGGGAAUGAUGUGAAUCCUAAAAAUUUUUUGGGUGUACUUAAGGGUGACAAAGAGUUAGUUAAUCAGGGUAAAAAAGUGGUCAACAGUGGUCCAGAUGAUCAUAUAUUUGUGUAUGUGUUGGCCCAUGGUGACCCGGGAUACACGGAGUUCCUUGAUGAUAAAUUAAUCAACACGGAUUUAAAUAACGCUUUAAUAGAUAUGCAUAAAAACAAU